AUGCCUUUGCAAUUUUUAUGCUGCGGCCAGAGAGACAAAUCCCAGCAGUUUUCGACCCUCCCCCGCACCAAGAACACCUCAAUGCCUCGAGCAGCGACGGAGACGAAGCCUUCGGCCCUCCCCACCGCCGAACCAUCCUCAGCGGCUGAGGUGGAGGUUUCGACCCUCCCAACCAUCAAGAACACCUCGGCACCCGCCGCAGCGCCGGAGGCACUGCAGGCCAUGCCGCCGGGACCAGUGGUCCCCUCGCCCACCGCGGAACCCGCCGUAGCGGCCCCGGUACCUCACCAGCCUCCGCUGUCACUUUUCAGCGACUUGCUAGCACAGCGGUCAGCACCUUCGCUCGACUUGCUCCCGGGCGACAUCAUCCACGAGGUGAUACGGACGCUGUUCCUGCGGCCGACGCCCCAGGAACUGGCGAGCUUCCUGCACGCCGUGCCGAUGGCGUACCGUAUCUUUAAGCAGUACGGUAUGGCCGCCCUCAUUCGCCGCACCGCGGUGCUGGUCAGGGAGCUCGAGGACUUGAUGAAAGUAGUCAGGUGCCUCCUGCAUAGUUGGAACCUUCCAACGCCCGAGAUGGAUGAGCGCUGUAAGAGGGUUGAGAAGUGGCUCCGGGUGUGGAUUCCGUGGGCGAGGAGGGCGAUCCAAUGGACGAAGGAGGGGGCGAAGAGGGGGGUGCUGUUGGAGGGGGUUGCUGGAGAGGGGCCGGCACCCGAUAGAGAGAAGAGCGAGGAGGGGGACAGCGACGCAUAA